GUGACACCAUCCAGUACAAGAUCUCUCCGGAAGAACUUUUCUGUCACACCAGUAUUAGUUAAGAAAUCACCCAUGACGACAGAUCCUCCACGUUUAAAACCCAUCUUGAAGGCACCACCGCCAUCGUCAUUCAUAGGGGCUCGCACAUCCCCCAGAAAGAAGUCCGACUGUAGCCAGUUGUCAGAUACCACGACUCUAGUUGAUUCCAAUCGUGGGUCGACAGUAGAACAACCGACAGACAAGAAACCGUUACAGUCAUUGCAGACUAUCAAACAAAAGUUCUUACCAAAAGAACAGCCACGAGCAUGGGAUCAGUACAGCAUCCCUUCUACUACGGUGCAUACUUUACCUAAUACCGACUUUGAAGAUAUGAUACAGCAGUUAGAUGUAUCCUACGCGCAAACUGCAGCUCUCAGGUUUAAAACCAUGAGUUUUGUAGAUGCUGAUAAAUUAAUUGGAAAAUCGGAGCAAUUGAAAAAAGUGAUAGAAUCCAUGUAUGAAAGAAUUCGUAUCUACAUUGAUACGACCAGAGCUACCAUCAUGAGCCUAAAAUUAGAUGCACCGCAAAACCAGCAUUUAUGCCAAUUGGGUGAUUAUGCAGUACAGAUGGAACAAUUAAUUGGAGAAUUUCAUUUUACGAGUAAAUAUGCAAACCAUGUACAGACGUCUUAUUUAGAGCACCUGGCAGGUACAUUGUGCCAUCAUCCAAUGGGAAACAACAACUUGAAUUUUCUGACAAAGAUCCUGGCACGAUUAAAAUCAAUUCUCCUUGAGGAAGAUCAUUCUUUCACAUGGCGUCAGUCAGAAAAUCCACUGGAUAUCCAUCAACAUAUCGAUGCCAUCAUUGAUAAACUAGCACGACAGUUCAAGAUAGUGUUUGACGCACGCUUGGAUCCGGCGCAUGACGAAUUGAUCAAGCAACGUGAGCGUAGUGCUAGUCUUGUUCUGGAGCUAGAACAAAAUCGAAGCCAGCGCAUCUCGCAAACACAGAAAAAGGAAACUGAGUUAGUCUCUUUAAAAGAACAAUUGGUGCAGGAAACUACAUCCAGGCAAGCACUACAGAACCGCGUGAUAGAGCUGGAAAAGGCCUUGAAAACAAAGGAAGCCUUAUUAAGAAACAGACCGCAAGAAACGGACCUGAUACAAAAAUUGCACGAAUUAAAAGAGGAAAAAACUGAUUGGUGCAAUACAAAAAAGUCAAUAUUAAGCCGAUGCUAUACUGUCAUUGGGACCAGACAAGAGGAUUUAGAACUGGUUGUACAGCACUUGGUUGAAAAGAUAAAAAAUACAGAAUCCCUGCAGCAGUCUCAGGAGAAUCAAAAUAAUGGUCACCUUGUAGAGAACGUAUCAGAAUCCGAUGCGCUCAUAUCUAAACAGCAAGAGUUGGAUCAAUUGAAAGAGGAUUUCAAACAGAUUCUCAAACUUUAUAAUACAAGAGAAUCGGGUUAUAUUUUACAGUCUGCUAGCACUGAGGCAGAGCUUGAGCGAAUAUUGAAAGAAUACGACCGAUUGACCCGCAACAUCAUAGACUUUAACCAUGAGCGCAAAAGAUUCGAACAGGAGAUCCGAGAACUUCACUCAGAGAACUUGCAGCUGUCUAAAGAGCUGAUGGAUGAAAAGGUGCAACAUAUGCCGGGUAGUGAUGGCAAUCUACGGAAAGAAUUUCGAGAUUUGAUGGCAGUCGUGAAAACGAGCCAUGCACAAGAGCUGUUGGAGGCGCUGGAUACAAGGAGAAAAAUAGAGCAUGCGUCAAGACAAAAAAUGUCCGAGAUUGAAAUGAAACGAUGGGAAAAAGUAGAUAUUGCAGUUCAAACAAGCAUACAGUUCCCUUUUUAAG